AAUUAAGACAACUUUUGUCAGUAUGUCUUUUCUUGGGCUACAAAAACGUACAAGCGCUCCCUAGCAUGCACAUCGCCAUAUCGAUAAGAGAUCACUAGAUCGAGCUCAUGACGACAUCUAAGAAGAAGCUCGUUUCCUCGGUCGUGUUGCUCGCUGCAGUGAUCCUCCUUGCCGCGACGGCGGCGGCUGAGGGCGCCGACGACUACGGAGAGUGCCGCGUGGGGAAGAAGAUCCCCUACAACCCACUCCCGGGCUGCCGAGAGUACAUCACGCGCUGGUGCGCCGUUAGGAAUGACCCCAAGAAGCAGCUGGUUCCAGAUGAGGUGAAACGCCGGUGCUGCGGCGAGGUCAGCGAGCUGCCCAAGGGCUGCAGGUGCGACGCGCUGGGCAUCCUUGCGAACGGCGUGAUCACGGAGGAAGGCGUCAAGGUCGGCCGGAUGGAGGCUGUGCCCGGCUGCGACAGGGAGACCAUCGCCUUCCUGGCGUCCGACCUCAUGGAAAUUCGUCAUUGCUACAUAGGCUAUUCGUGCCCCCUCUUUGGUGGUGGCAUGGAUUAGUUUGGUGGAUCUAGCGGUAGCAGUACCGAUCGAAUAAAUGUUGCAUCGUCUACCGAUGGUUAGCUAGAUGCAUUGUCCAUGGUAAAUCAGAAAUGAAAGAAAUACAUCGGAUCCUCUCUUCCUGCAUCAA